AUGAUAGUUCCUUGAGGACCAAACAAAGUCUUACAUAUUGUGUUUGGUUUUGGCUAACACUUCUUUGUAAUCUGCGUGGUGGUGAUCCAAAAAGAUUAAAAAAUUCCUGGAUCUUUAUUAAUGAAGAUCGUAGUAUUGAAGUAAAUAUACCUCGUGAAAAAAAUAAUGCAGGAGGUGCCAAAAAUCCAUAUAAUGCUGGUAGACAUAAUUAUAUUCUCGCAGAUCAACCAAAUAAUUAUUCUCCAGUAGCAGAUCUAAAGACCAAAAGAUUGUAA